GUUCGCGCGCGCUCGGGCGCUCUCGGGCGUCCGACGUGGGUCGCGAUUCGGUCGGACGAGCUGAACGCCGCGGCGGGCGGGUACACGGGGUCGCCGUGGCCGCCGCUCGAGCUCGACCCCGUGGGAUGGGGACGCAAGCUGUACCCGUCCGGAGCGCCGAGGUCAUCAGGGGGACUGAUGUUCGGCUUGCACCACCAAGAGGCGGCAGGAGUACACGCACAGCCCCGAGGCCCCGUCACAUCCCUGAAAGAAGAACCGUUGACACGAGCAUGGAUGACUCCCACCUCUUUAGUUGACAAUACCAACACGGUGGGCGUAGGCCGCGCCCACUUUGAGAAGCAGCCGCCCAGUAACUUGCGCAAGAGCAACUUCUUUCAUUUUGUAGUCGCCUUGUACGACCGAGCGGGACAACCGGUCGAGAUCGAACGGACCGCCUUCAUCGGCUUCAUUGAAAAGGACCAGGAAGCUGAAGGUCAAAAAACAAAUAACGGUAUCCAGUACAGGCUACAACUCCUUUAUGCUAAUGGUAUCCGACAAGAACAAGAUAUAUUUGUCCGGCUAAUCGACUCGGUCACCAAACAACCCAUCGUUUAUGAAGGACAAGACAAGAACCCGGAAAUGUGCAGAGUCCUACUUACGCAUGAAGUUAUGUGCAGUCGAUGCUGUGAUAAGAAGAGCUGUGGCAACAGAAAUGAAACGCCUUCAGACCCUGUUAUUAUAGAUCGGUUUUUUCUCAAAUUCUUCCUGAAAUGCAACCAGAAUUGUUUGAAGAACGCCGGUAACCCACGAGACAUGAGAAGGUUUCAAGUGGUGAUAUCGACACAAGUGAUGGUGGAUGGACCGCUGCUGGCCAUAUCGGACAACAUGUUCGUACACAACAAUAGCAAGCACGGACGAAGGGCGAAGCGACUCGAUCCGACUGAAGGUACUGACGCCGCGCCCGAACCUAAUUCGGGGCUUUACCCACCGUUGCCCGUGGCAACGCCAUGCAUCAAAGCAAUAUCUCCGAGCGAAGGCUGGACAUCAGGGGGUUCUACUGUAAUAAUAGUGGGGGACAACUUUUUCGAUGGACUCCAAGUCGUGUUCGGAACUAUGUUGGUAUGGAGUGAGCUAAUAACAUCGCACGCGAUCAGAGUACAAACGCCUCCGAGGCACAUACCCGGCGUUGUGGAGGUCACGCUUUCCUACAAGAGCAAACAGUUCUGCAAGGGCGCGCCGGGCAGAUUCGUUUAUGUUUCAGCACUGAACGAGCCCACGAUAGAUUACGGUUUCCAGCGGCUCCAGAAACUCAUACCGAGGCAUCCGGGCGACCCUGAAAAACUACCAAAGGAAAUUAUUCUCAAACGUGCGGCAGACUUAGCAGAAGCACUGUACUCGAUGCCCAGAAACAACCAGCUAGGUUUGGGAGCCCCAAGGUCUCCGCCAGCCAGCAUGCCAUUCAACUCAUAUACGGGGCAGUUGGCAGUCAGCGUUCAGGACACUGCCGCUUCGCAGUGGAAUGAAGAGGAGUACGCGCGCAGUGGGGGGUCCGUUUCACCGCGGUACUGUUCUGCCGCGUCCACACCGCACGCACCUGCAGCCUAUCCACCGCAACACUACCCUGCUCCGCCUACAUCACUGUUCAACACCACUUCACUGUCUCUAGGACCGUACCAUCCGGCCAACAUGAAUGGACAUUUAUCGUCUGACCAUCACCAGUAUAACUUGUAUAAUGCGAAAGAUAGCGAGCAUUAUAGCGAAAGAAAUGAGAAUGCUAAAAGCGACUGUCCAGCAAAUACUCAUAUAAAAUGCAACGAUAUGAAAGGGCUCAGUAAAGAGGCCAAGACCAGAAGCGCGUUUGCCGUAGUCAGACAGAGUCCACCACGCAAUUUUCAACAACAUCAAAAUUGGCAACAUCUCGCCGUUCAGUGAAUGAGCGGCCUCGUAUCAUCACCCUUCAGCAUGAACCCCUUCUCACUACCCACGUGCAGCG